UAAGUUCCGCUCCACCACAGUUCCCACGCUUCCGAAUUCCUCCCAUUCCAAAUCUCACAGAAAAGAGAGAGAGAGAGAGAGAGAGAGAGAGAGAGAGGAGAGGGAGGCAUAGAAGAGAAGAAUCGGCCUCUUCGGGACGACGACGCUUCGCCACAUUUUCUCUCUCCCCCUCUCUCUCCGAGCCUCUGCAAUGCGGGCAGCUCUCUUCUCUCUCCUCUGCGUUCUCUCUCUACCGUCUCGCUCUUUCUCUCUCGCCGGCGCAGUCGCCGACGCCGACCACCUCCUCCAGGAGCUCGCCGCCAAUGCCUCUACCGUCGCCGCCGAAUCCAACUCCUCCCGCCCGAGAUCUAAGGAGGACAGCUUGGCCGGCAUGAUCGAUCGCGCACUGGAGAAGGAGUUCACCGAGAAUGAGGAUCAGUCCCAAGAUACAGAUCCUGGGAGCUUUAACAACAGUGUUGCUGAUCAGCAGGCAGUUUUGGAAACAGUUGCUAGGGUUAAGUCCAAAAAAAAUGACACCAAGGAGGAGAAGUCAUUUCAACUUCAUAAUGUUUUCAAAUUCGAAAAUGACAAUGGAGCAGAAGAUAUGCCAAAAUUAAUAGAUCGAAAGGAUAAUGUCUUCAUCAUAUCAAAUCCCAAGUCAAAAUAUCCUGUACUGCAGUUAGACUUGAGGUUGAUAUCCGAUCUUGUGGUGGUCAUUGUUUUUGCAACAUGUGGUGGCAUUGCAUUUGCUUGUGCUGGACAGCCGGUAAUUACUGGAUAUUUGCUUGCAGGAUCUGUUGUUGGACCUGGUGGCUUUAGUUUUGUUAGUGAAAUGGUGCAAGUUGAAACUGUGGCUCAGUUUGGUGUUAUUUUUCUUCUUUUUGCACUGGGCCUGGAGUUCUCUGCAAAAAAGCUUCGUGUUGUUCGAGCAGUUGCUGUUUUAGGAGGCUUGCUGCAGAUAUUACUAUUUAUGUGCUUGUGUGGAAUAAUAGCCACAUUAUGUGGUGGUGGUGUGUCUGAGGGGGUUUUCAUUGGUGCUUUCUUAUCCAUGUCAUCGACUGCUGUUGUUUUGAAAUUUUUGACGGAAAGAAAUAGUAUUAGUGCCCUUCACAGACAGAUCACAAUCGGUACUCUUAUCUUGCAGGACUGUGCUGUUGGUUUGCUGUUUGCAUUACUUCCAGUUCUGGGUGGUACUUCUGGUGUUGCACAAGGACUUGUAUCCAUGACAAAAUCGCUGGUGGUCUUGAUUGCAUUUUUGGCCAUUUUGUCAUUAAUAUCUCGUACUUGUGUGCCUUGGUUUCUGAAGUUGAUGAUCAGCCUUUCAUCACAGACCAAUGAACUCUAUCAAUUGGCAGUGGUGGCUUUCUGCCUGCUAGUAGCCUGGUGUAGCGAUAAGCUGGGUCUAAGCCUUGAACUGGGUUCCUUUGCUGCUGGAGUGAUGAUAUCAACAACUGAACUUGCUCAGCAUACACUUGAACAAGUUGAGCCUAUUCGCAAUUUCUUUGCUGCACUUUUCCUUGCCAGCAUUGGGAUGCUUAUACAUGUUCAUUUCCUCUGGAAUCAUAUUGAUAUUUUACUAGCAGCUGUCAUAUUGGUGAUAAUUAUAAAAACUAUCGUGGUUACAAUAGUGAUCAAAGGAUUUGGAUACAGUAACAUGACUUCACUGCUUGUUGGGAUGUCUCUGGCACAAAUUGGGGAAUUUUCUUUUGUUCUCCUUAGCCGUGCUUCUAAUCUUCAUCUAGUUGGGGGUAAGUUGUAUCUGCUACUACUGGGCACAACAGCGCUCAGCCUGCAUUAUGCAGGUGACUACACCAUUAAUUUUCAAGUUGAUUCCAGCGGUCGUACAUCUAGGAGUGCUAUUACGGUGGUUCUCUCCUGAUAUCCCAAAUGAGAUUGGAUUUAAAGGAGAUAUCCUGCGGGUAGACUGUGCUAAGCAUAUUAGUUUGAUGGUUCGAGGCUCUCAUGAUUCAUGAUAAAUUAAACGAAAACACGAAUCAGAAUAUGCAAUUUUCGGCCAUUACCUGAUCGGCUUCUUAUACUUCUCUGGAGGACAGGUGCUGAAGUGUGCAUAGGAGGUUGACUGAGUAAACCUUUUUAUUCUAUUACAGAGAUCCACAGAAAUCGCCUACUUAAUUGGCAUAUUUCUGACCCGGUUAUGCCAACUGGGGCUACGAAAUGGAGAGAGCAUGGUACAUAUGAUCGAUAUUCCGGUGUUCACAAAUUUUUAGGCCAUAUUCUUGCAUAUGAUCAACACUCCCGAGUUCAAAAGUUUUUAGGUCAUCUUAGGAAGUUUUUUACUUUUUAGGUCAUAUUCUUACGCCAACAGGGCAUGUUUUGUGUAAAUUAGUGCCCUUGCUGUAAUGUAAUUCAUUUUACUUUUCUCUCUAUCAAUUGUUACAAAAUCUUUUCAUACUAUCUUUUCUGAAAGGGAAAAAAAAAAUGUGGGGUUAUAAUUAAAAUUUCA